GCUUGUUUAGUUUCUUGAGCAAAAAGAAUUCGCAAGUAAGGGAGAUCGAGAAAUACAGAGAGAGAAUCAAAAUUCAGAGAUCGAAAUUUUCAAGUUCAACUUCCAUGGAUCCCAAGAACACAAGCCCUCUUCUCGUCGACGACAUUCAGCGAACUCAGUACCCUUAUGUGACUGGAACAUCUGUUAUUGGAAUCAAGUAUAAGGAUGGAAUUCUCAUUGCUGCUGAUAUGGGAGGUUCCUAUGGGUCCACACUGCGUUACAAGAGUGUGGAGAGAUUGAAGGGUAUUGGAAAGCACUCUCUCCUUGGUGCCAGCGGAGAAAUAAGUGACUUUCAGGAGCUUCUUCGUUACCUAGAUGAUCUCAUUCUGUAUGACAACAUGUGGGAUGAUGGCAACUCCUUUGGACCUAAAGAGGUGCACAACUACCUGACUCGUGUUAUGUAUAAUAGACGUAACAAGUUUAACCCACUGUGGAACUCUCUUGUCCUUGGUGGAGUUAAAAAUGGACAGAAGUACCUUGGAACGGUCAACAUGAUUGGUGUACACUACCAAGACAACCAUGUUGCCACUGGAUUUGGUAAUCACCUCGCAGUGCCAAUUCUUCGUGAUGAAUGGAAGGAGGACUUGAGUUUUGAAGAUGGUGUUAGGCUACUUGAGAAGUGCAUGCGUGUCCUCUUAUACCGUGAUCGAUCAGCAGUCAACAAGCUUCAGAUUGCAAAGAUCACCGAAGAAGGCGGUGUGACAAUCUCCCCACCUUACUCAUUGAAGACAUACUGGGAAUUCGCUGCAUUCAAGAAUCCAACUGCUGGUGCUGAGGGUUCAUGGUAGAUGAUUCAACUAACUUGUAGUAGUUAAAAAGUUUGGAUGCAAUGAAAACAUGACUUUUAGGCCUUUUGUUUGUAAUUUCAUCUUCAUUUCACUCUCAAACUUCUACCCGGGAUUUAGAAUUUGUGUUCAUGGUUUUACCCCCCCUUGUGCAAACCCUAAAAAGAAAAUAUUGUUGUUAGUUGUUGCAGUAACAUUAUGAAUUUGUGAUUUGCUCUUGA